AGUUGCAGAGUGGGGCACCUCAGUUACGGUGGGACAGUUGGGAGCGGAGGACCGGUACCGCGGGAGAUAGAAGUCGGACGGGACGCGAUUUAGCGGGACAUCUGCACGAGAGAGGAUCAGAAUGGCGGCACUUCUGCUGUUGGUAUGUUCGCUGACGGCUUCGCUGGUCGGAGCUCAUGUCAACCACCGGGGAACAUGCAAACCUCUCAACUCGACCAUGGAAAACUUCGAGCCGGACAGGUUUGUCGGGGAGUGGUUUGUUCUGAGCGCGUUCGACCCGGACGCCUCGUGCCUGCGCUUCAACUACACCUCGUGCGGCGCCGGAUGUCUGCACGUGCAGGAGCAGAAGCAGCUCAGUCUCAUCAGCACGUUCGGUGUGUCGAACGUGUACCGGGCCGCUGGACUGCUGCGGUUCGACAUCGACCAGCCCGCCAGGAUGGUGGCCACCUUCAACGACAACCAGCGUGUGGCCGAGUACGCCGUUCUCGACACGGACUACGACUCGUUCGCGGCCGUCUACACAUGUGAGAACAUCACGGUGGGGGCGCUGUCCCUCUACCACCGGCGGGAUGUGUACUUCCUCAGCAGGAAACAGAACAGCUCGGCCAUCGCACUGUCUCAGGUGGAACGGGUGAGCUCGAUGCUGAUUGCCAACCAGAUUGAGAAUGAGUUCGAGCCGGUGGUGCACGAGCGGUGUCUGAGCGCCGACCAGGCUCUGCUCGACCUCGACACCAACCGGGGCAUCGUCGAGAGGGUGCAAGGAAUGGUCGCCGACGCCUCGAAUGCCAUCACCGGCGGUCUCAACUCCCUAGCCUCGGCAAUCUCGGGAGUUUUCUCCGGAUUCAGACGCAGAACCCGACUGUAACUGCGCUGCACGUGCCAAAAAUCAGCCAAGGAACUCACCGGCAUUAGGGAUCAUCGUUCCAUAUGAAGGAUUGUGUGAUGUGUCGAAACAUCGCGAUGAGCGUCAAUCAAAAGAUUGACCCAAGAGGAUCUUGGACGUCGUUUUUUAUCUUUUAAAGGCGUGCAGAAGUCACUGUUCAUUAGGUAUGCAAGAUAGAUGCUUAUAGACAUAUACUACACCAUCAAGUCCGAACUGAUGGAAUUUCGCAGGUACUGUUAGGAAUGACAUGACGGACCCAUCGGACUAACAAAAACGUUAAUGAGCGCUGGAGUGCGCCGUUUUACAAUGUCCCGACCGCUUAUGGCAUCGAGAUUACCAUUGCAUGUACACUGCGCUGUGACCCGUCUGUCAACUAGACAAUGUUUGUUUGCUAUGUAGAUAGCGGGAGCAUUUCUAUCAUAUGUUUAACGCUUUCAUUGGUGAAAAGGUAGAAUAGACACGACUUUUAGAAGUAUUGCUAACCUGUUGAUAUUUAUAAUUGUUGAAGAGAAAUAACGGAAGACUGUUUCUGAUUUGUGAACUUCUUACGAGAAUACACAUAAAACAU